ACCUUUCAAAACAAUAAUUUUUUAAAUGGGUUUGAAACUCUCAGCCUUAAUCAACAAAUUUUUUCCCAAGAAAGAAUUCAGGGUCCUUAUGCUGGGUCUAGACGGGGCGGGAAAGACCACGAUCUUAUACAGAAUGAAACUUGGAGAGAUCAUAUCCACCAUACCAACCAUUGGUUUUAACGUGGAGACGGUGCAACACAAGAACAUCAUCUUCACAGUGUGGGACAUAGGGGGACAAGACAAGCUGCGAUGUUUGUGGAGACAUUACUUCCAAAACACUCAAGCCAUCAUAUUUGUCGUGGACUCGAGCGAUGUUGACAGACUGAAAGACGCCUCCAAAGAAUUGAGAUUGAUCAUGGAGGAUUACGAGCUAAGGAAAGCGAUCCUUUUGGUCCUUGCUAAUAAACAGGACGUACCUGGAGCAAUAUCGACAGCUGACAUCGCCAAUUUGAUGAAGAUGCACGAGAUUACGGACAGGAAAUGGUACAUUCAGGGAAGCUGUGCUCUCCAAACAACAGGCUUAUACGAGGGGUUAGAUUGGUUGGCUGCUGAAUUGAACAAAAUAUGAGAAAUGCUGGCUGGAGUUGUGGUUUUUGCGCAGAUUUGGAGAUUAGGCUUUUUGGAUUGAAUUUUAUCAUAUAUGGUUUAACGUGAAGAAAUUGGCGAAGUUCGUUAGUGAACAUGAAGAUCAUUCGUACAUAUUGUUUGAAGUUAAGUUUUAUUAUUUUAUACAAAAACCCUUCUUUGGAGAAAAAUAUAAGCCUUAUUGAAUUCCCA